UGUUAUUUUUAAGAUGUCUUUUAAAAAUGACAUGUGAGCUCUGAGGAGUUAAAGCAAAACAGAUAUGAUCUGAAUUUUCCGCUCAGUUUGUACUUUAGCCCAUACGUGGUAAGGGUUCUCUUUUAGAUACUGCGUCUUCAUUUGUACUGGUAUAACGAGCCACAGCAAGCUAGAAUAUUGGCACAUUAUCCUUAUUAUACUGCAAGUCUAGCAUAGAAGCCUCGAAGCACAGCCCAUUACUGUGCAGAUAUAUUGCUUGUCCACACAAUGAGAAAAUAUUGACUUGUUGUCACUCACUCAUUUGAUUAGUUGCACGGGUGAUUUUGCUUUUCAUUUGUCACCCUGGUAACGCAAAUGGGAAAACACACUAACAGCCUCUUUCUCUCCAGUAAUGAAGCACUGGAGCAUUGAAGACUUAUCACAUCUGGAAAACCUCUCUCUAAGCAGGAAUAAAUGUCUUUAUCACUCAUGGUGUAUCAUUGGCACCUGUCAGCUCAGCUAGUAUCCACAAAAAGCCAACAUUUAACUCCUUUUCUCACUGCAGAAUGUGCAGCUGUGUGGGAGUGAUGUACUCCAACAAUUCCACUUUGAUUAUAUAGCUUAGCUGAGUGAGAUUUAUCCAUAUAUAUCAUGCACCGGCGAUUUACUCCAUUUUCUUUUGUCUGUAAACGGAGCAGCUUAAAGCAGUCUGCUGCUGCUGCUGUGUGUGCGCCAGGUCAUAACAAGGGUACCUUACAUUUAACCCAAAAGGAUUCAUCAGUGGCCUUGUUCCUCCAAAAAUAAUGAGGUAGACAGUAAGGGCUGCCCCAGGCUGCAUGUAGGGAGAUGAUCUCUCUGAACCAGCAAAUCAUUCCUGUUUUUUAAUACUAAGAAGACAAGCUAAUGACUAUUCUUGAUGUGUGUCAGUGCUUUGAGUUAACUAGCUUUAAUUCACAGAAAGACCUAAUGGGUUUGAUUGUCGAUUUGAGGCAGUUGGUGAGAGGCUUGUGCUCGGGUGGGGGGAUGGGGUAAUUGUUUUAGCUGGAAGUGAUUCUCUCCGGAAGGGAUGACUGCACAAUCCAGAUAUGUAAACCUAAAAGAAACUGAAAGGCAAUAUGCUGAUACCUUGUCUGUUUCCUCUUGAUCAGCCUAGCUUUUGAAAUUAAAUUUCUAGAGUCUGGCCAAACACUCUUGGGAGUCAGCUUGGCAGUAAUGGUUGCUUUACAAACCUGUAACUGCUCAGCUAAGCAUUUCAAACAUGUAAAUCAUAUGUGGAAAAUUGAGAUCUUGAAGAAACCAUUAACUGUGAUGCUGCAACAUGAAACAAAGAGAGGGAGAAUUAAAGAGAACAGAUGCUCAAAGGGCUUGAUUCUGUUUAUUGGAGCAUGGCACUUAUUUAGUCCAGUGGAGAAUCUCCAUGGGCUCAUGGCAGACAAUGAUGCUGUGUAUUGCCAGUGCCAUGCCAGUCAUUUCUCCAGAGGCAUUCACGAUAUCCAUUUCGUGUUUUUGGAUUCAUUCAAACCUCACAUUUCUUUGUUUGCUCUAAACCAGUGUCAUUUUUUCACAUAUGGAAACAGGUUGCUUGUGUGCCUGCUUAAGACAGCUUGUAACGUUUAUCAGGCUGUAGCAGAGUAGACUUCCACCUCAUGUGUUUCAUAAUUGACGAUGCUACUCAGCCCCACGCCAGUAAAAGAGGAAAACUGCAAUGACAAAGUAAGCCGACUCUGUUUCCCUGAUAAAGAUCAACUUAAGACCCACCAGGAAGCAGUGCAGUUUGCCAACACUUGGUUUUUGGGGUUAAUGUUUGAGUCAGCGUCAGGGCAAGACUGGACAUCUGUCUCCUAGUGAUCUAUAACGCCCACAAUCCCUCCCACAGACUGUCAGCUUUGGCACUCAAGCAGUACACCGGUUGCUGUGUUACACCCAGCCACCCACAACAGUGGCUUAUCUCGCUAGCAUAACAAACAUCGGCAUUAGAAAGAGGAUAGAAAGCAAUGGGACACAGAAAUAGAAGACCUUAAGAGCGCGGUGCCAUUAUAACUCCACUUCAAAAUGGAGGCUUUUGUUCUGAGAUUGUUGGAGAGGACAUCAUAGCAAGCUUUUCUGAAACACUGGGGUUGUUGGUGUGGCCAAAUUUUCCCUGGAUUUGACUGGUAAAUUCAGAAGACUGAAGCCCAGGCUCACAGUCUACCUUUCACGGAGGCCCAGCCGUGAGAGGACUGAGGAAGGCACGUGGCGGAUCAUGACGGCCGACAAAGAGAAGGAGAGGGAGAAAGAGCGGGAUAGAGACAGAGACAGGGACCGGGAUAAGAGAGAGGCCGGUAAGUCCCGGCGGCAGGACGGGGACCGGGGCGACCGUGAGAGUGAGAGCUCCAGGCCCCGACGCAGCUGUACGCUGGAGGGCGGGGCCAAGAACUAUGCAGAGAGCGAGCACAGUGAGGAUGAGGACAACGACAAUGGCAGCACAGGUGGAGGCAGCGGCACGGCUGAGGAGGCCGGCAAGAAGGGCAAGAAAAAGACGCCGAAGAAGAAGUCGCGCUACGAGCGCACAGAAAAUGGCGAAAUCACGUCCUUCGUCACAGAAGACGAUGUUGUUUACAGACCUGGUGAUUGUGUGUACAUUGAAAGUCGGCGGCCCAACACUCCCUACUUCAUUUGUAGCAUUCAGGAUUUCAAGCUGAGUAAACGGGACCAUCUGCUGAUGAAUGUGAAAUGGUACUACCGCCAGUCAGAGGUGCCCGACUCUGUCUACCAGCACCUGGUGCAGGAUCGCAACAAUGAGAACGACUCUGGCCGAGAGCUGGUUAUCACAGACCCGGUGGUCAGGAGUCGAGAACUCUUCAUCUCUGACUAUGUGGACACUUAUCAUGCUGCUGCUCUCAGGGGGAAAUGCAACAUUUCCCAUUUCUCCGACAUUUUUGCUGCCAGGGAGUUCAAAGCCCGUAUCGACUCCUUUUUCUAUAUCCUCGGAUAUAACCCAGAGACCAGGCGACUGAACAGCACACAAGGGGAAAUCCGAGUGGGACCCAGUCAUCAGGCCAAGCUCCCAGAGCUGCAGCCUUUCCCCUCUCCUGGUGGCCAGGCCGUGACCGAGAAUGAGGAGCUGGUCUGGAUGCCAGGGGUCAAUGACUGUGAUCUUCUCAUGUACCUCAGAGCUGCAAGGAGCAUGGCUGCCUUUGCAGGGAUGUGUGAUGGUGGCUCAACAGAAGACGGUUGUCUAGCAGCCUCUCGAGAUGACACUACAUUAAACGCACUUAACACUCUUCACGAGAGCAGCUAUGAUGCAGGAAAAGCUCUCCAGCGUCUGGUGAAGAAGCCUGUACCCAAAUUGAUAGAGAAGUGUUGGUCUGAGGAUGAAGUGAAGCGCUUCAUUAAAGGGUUGAGACAGUUCGGCAAAAACUUCUUCAGGAUCCGGAAAGAGCUGCUGCCCAACAAAGAAACGGGUGAGUUAAUUACCUUCUACUACUAUUGGAAGAAGACCCCCGAGGCAGCCAGUUGUCGAGCCCACCGCAGACACCGCCGUCAGCCCGUCUUCCGCCGCAUCAAAACACGAACUGCUUCAACUCCUGUCAACACUCCUUCACGCCCCCCGUCCAGCGAGUUCUUGGAUCUCAGCUCAGCCAGUGAAGAUGACUUUGACAGUGAAGACAGUGAACAGGAGCUGAAGGGCUACGCCUGCCGCCACUGUUUCACUACCACCUCCAAGGAUUGGCACCACGGGGGCCGGGAGAACAUCUUGCUGUGCACAGACUGCCGCAUUCACUUCAAAAAGUACGGUGAGCUGCCCCCCAUCGAGAAGCCUGUGGACCCGCCGCCAUUUAUGUUCAAACCUGUCAAAGAGGAAGAGGAUGGACUCAGCGGGAAACAUAGCAUGAGGACCCGACGGAACCGAGGCUCGAUGUCGACGCUACGUAGUGGUCGUAAGAAGCAGACAGCCAGUCCCGAUGGCAGAGCCUCACCUACCAAUGAGGAUUUGCGCUCCAGCGGGCGCACCUCACCCAGCGCAGCAAGCACUGACAGCACUGACAGCAAGACAGACUCCAUGAAGAAGCCCAGCAAGAAGAUUAAAGAGGAGGCUCCUUCACCGAUGAAGAGUGCCAAACGUCAGCGAGAGAAGGCCACCUCAGACACAGAGGAGCCCGACAGGGCAAAUGCCAAAAAGUCCAAGACACAAGAGCUGAGUCGGCCAGACUCACCCUCAGAAUGUGAGGGAGAAGGGGAAGGUGAAGGUGAGAGCUCUGAUGGGCGUAGCAUCAAUGAGGAGCUCAGUAGCGAUCCUAAAGACAUUGACCAAGACAACCGGAGUUCCUCCCCAAGCAUCCCCAGCCCCCGUGACAAUGAGAGUGACUCAGACUCAUCUGCCCAGCAGCAGCAGCUCCUGCAGAGCCAGCACCCUCCGGUCAUCCAGUGUCAGCCAGGCACUUCAGCCGCCUCCUCGGCACCCCCGCCACCUACAACCUCAGCCCCUUCACUGCCCCCACAGGUCUCCCCAACAGCAGCUUCCACGUCUCUACCUCCCCAGCCACUACCCCAGACAAGCCCUCUAUCUCUUAUUCAGCCAGGAGCAUCCCUCCACCCUCAAAGGCUUCCCUCUCCACAUUCACCUAUGACUCAGGCUCCGCCACCUGGCCCACCAGUCCCACCUCAGUCAUUACCCAGCUCACAUCAUGGGCCCAUGCCUCCCAUGCCACAUCCACUGCAGCCUGGCCCCUCACACAUGCCUCACCCUCACUCCAUGCCCCCUCAGGGCUUCCCUGUGGGUCAGUCUCAGGUCCCACCCCUGCCAAUCUCUGGCCAAUCACAGCAGAGGCCACACACGCCUCCUUCCCAGUCCCAAUCAUCUGCUCAGAGUGGAGGCCAGCCUCCCAGAGAGCAGCCCCUGCCCCCUGCGCCAAUGUCCAUGCCUCACAUCAAGCCCCCACCAACCACACCCAUCCCUCAGAUACCCAACCCACAGUCCCACAAACACCCAACCCAUGUGUCAGCACCUCCAUUUCCUCAGAUGCCUUCAAACUUGCCUCCACCUCCUGCCCUUAAGCCCCUCAGUUCUUUGUCCACCCAUCAUCCCCCAUCAGCACACCCACCUCCCCUCCAGCUCAUGCCACAGGGACAGCAGCUUCAGCCUCCCCCAGCUCAGCCUCCAGUUCUCACUCAGUCCCAGAGCCUCCCACCUUCAGCCAGCCACCAACCACCUCCAGCUCCUCCUCUGCCGCCCUCUGCAGCAGCCUCACACCCCAAUGGGCCACCACAGCCACCAUUCUCGUCUCAUCCUUUCAGUACAGUUCUACCUCCAACUGGCCCUCCCCCAUCUUCAUCAAACUCUAUGCCUGGCAUACAGCCUCCAUCUUCCUCCGCUCCACCCUCCUCCACCUCUAUGCCACUGCCUGCCUCGGUCACUUGUGCCGGCCCAGGCCCGGCACUCCCACCUGUACACAUCAAAGAGGAGCCUCUGGAUGAGACAGAAGAGCCAGAGAGCCCUCCUCCCCCUCAGAGAAGUCCCUCCCCAGAGCCUACUGUCGUCAAUACGCCAAGCCAUGCCAGCCAAUCAGCACGGUUUUACAAGCACCUGGAUAGGGGUUACAACUCGUGUGCUAGGACAGAUUUCUACUUCACUCCCCUGGCUUCAUCUAAACUGGCCAAGAAGCGAGAAGAAGCUCUGGAGAAAGCUAAGAGGGAAGCAGAACAGAAAGCGAGGGAAGAGAAAGAGAGGGAGAGGGAGAGGGAAAAAGAACGAGAAAGAGAGCGGGAACGGGAAAAGGAAGCAGAGCGAGCUGCGAAAGCCUCCAGUUCCUCUCAUGAGGGCAGAAUGGGCGAACCUCAGAUGGCCGGCCCUGCCCACAUGCGUCCACCCUUUGAUGGCCCUCCCACUACGAUUGCAGCUGUGCCUCCAUACAUUGGCCCCGACACCCCUGCCCUGCGCACUCUCAGCGAGUAUGCACGACCCCACGUCAUGUCCCCGACUAAUCGAAACCACCCCUUCUUCGUGUCCCUGAACCCUGCAGAUCCACUGCUGGCCUAUCACAUGCCCAGCUUGUACAAUGCUGAUCCAGCCAUGCGGGAGCGCGAGCUACGAGAGAGGGAGAUGCGAGAGAGGGAGAUACGUGAGAGGGAACUGAGGGAAAGGAUGAAACCUGGUUUUGAGGUUAAACCUCCAGAGAUGGACACACUCCACCCUUCCACAAAUCCUAUGGAGCACUUUGCCCGGGCCAUCACGUUGCCCCCCAUGGCUGGCCCUCACCCCUUCGCUUCCUUGCAUCCUGGCCUGAACCCAUUAGAACGUGAGCGGCUGGCCCUUGCUGGGCCCCAGCUGCGACCAGAAAUGAGCUACCCGGAGAGGCUGGCUGCAGAGAGACUCCAUGCUGAGAGGAUGGCCACAGUGGCCAAUGACCCUAUCGCCCGUCUACAGAUGUUCAAUGUCACGCCACACCACCACCAGCACUCGCAUAUCCACUCCCAUCUCCACCUCCACCAGCAAGAUCCUCUUCACCAAGGUGGUGGUGAAUGUCUUGUGUGUCCUCCAGGUUCGGGGGCCCAUCCCCUGGCAGUAGAUCCCCUGGCAGCUGGACCUCAUCUGGCCCGAUUCCCUUACCCGCCCGGCGCCAUUCCAAACCCCCUCCUCGGCCAGCCGCCACAUGAACACGAGAUGCUGCGCCACCCAGUCUUCGGUACUCCAUACCCACGGGAUCUACCAGGAGGUCUGCCACCACCCAUGUCUGCAGCACACCAGCUGCAGGCCAUGCAUGCCCAGUCAGCUGAGCUCCAGAGACUGGCCAUGGAGCAGCAGUGGCUCCACGGCCAUCAUCACAUGCACGGAGGACCACUGCCUGGCCAGGAGGACUACUACAGCCGGCUUAAGAAGGAGAGUGACAAGCAGCUGUAACCAGCCAAGGGAGGCAGCGACUGACAGGUGCAGGACACGGGAAGUUGUUACACAGUUGUUACAUUCAAUUUUGAAGAACUGAAAAGGCCAAGAGGAUCGUCUGAGAAUUCUUCUUAUAUUUGAUUUCUGUUCCUGUCAAGGACUGUUUUUUUAAUUUUUAUUUUUUCAAGACAUUGACAUUUCAAGACAUCUUUGGUAUAUAGCCAGUAGUGACAAUGUCCUCAAGACUCCUGCAUGACAAGCUUCCCUGGCGUUUUUUUUUUUUUUUCUUUUUUUUUCUUUUGUAGGUGCUAGAACAAGACACUGUGCUUAUCAACAAAAAAAAGAAAAAAGAAAAAAAAAAAGACAAGACCGGUCAGGCCGUUUAUGGAAAAAUAACAAGUGCUAUCUUAAAUUCAACAUUUAUUUUAAUACAUUGUUGGAGGUUUUUCAUAAUUUUAAGAAAAGCUACAGCAUGGCGUUUUUGAGUCUGUAAAUAGUAUAUAUAAACAUAUAAUUAUUAUUAUUAUAAUUAUUAUUAUUACUAGGUGUGGACUCCAAACCAAGUCGUUUUAACCUCCAAUAUAUUUGUUUGACAGCAUUAUCCCUUGUUUCAGAGGGGAGCACCAUGGCAUUAUAUGAGCAGUUUCUGAGAGAGUUGUGAUUCAGUUGUGACGUUCCUCUGACAUCAUUGUGUAAGAUUUAGUCCCACAUACACUAUGUAAACCAUAAACGUGUCGCACCCACACCCUCCAUUCAUCACACACCUUUGACACGCAGCAGGCUGUCAGAAUGUGUAAACUCAGUGUGUCGAGUGAAUGAUUUGAAACACUUGAAGAGGUGACACAGUAGUCACUGAGGUUUCUGUGGAGUGCACACUGAAGCCAUGGAUUAAAAAGAAAGAAAGAGUUUGCACUGACAGAAUAUCCUUGAGCUCCACUCAGCUGGUUUUAUUCUUUUUUGCUUAAAAUCAGUAUUUAAGUCUACAAAAUGAAGUCAUACUUUAGUAUGAUAUUGGCUUUUAAAGACACCAGAAACAUAUUUGACUGAACAGAAGAAAUGUAAUAUUGCUUCGAGUUCUUUUAAAUUAUUGGGACCUUAAUUUUUUUACUUUGUUCACACACAACAGGAGCUUCACAGGACUUUAGGAUUGUUUUAAAUGUGUGUCUGGUUUUGAGUCUGUGCGAGUUGUGCUGAGGUGUCCCCUUUUCUUUACCUGGUCCAGGGCUCGUAUCCAACUGAUUCAUCCUCCAACUAGGCUGUAAUAAUGUUCACUGUGACACUAGGGGGGGGGCCUGCAGACACCUGAUGACCAGGAGCGUAGAGGGUCGAUGAUUGUGUGUGUGUGUGUGUGCGUGUGUGUUAAUCACAAUGCUUUCGUAUGCCUUGGUUCCUUAGGGAUACACACAGCCUCGUGGGCCUGAGGAGUGGUGUCUUUUUGUGCGUGCCACUGACUGUUACGAGUCAUGUUGACCUGUCAUAACAGUGCACAUGUACCCAAGGUUUUUUUUUUUUUUAUUUGUUUUUUUAUUUUAUUUUGUUGUUGUUGUUGUUGUAGCCAUGACAUGAGUUCUGCAUUUUGCUCCAUGCAUUAAGACUGUUUGACUGUCAUGGACAUUUGAAACUGUGGCUAUUUUUGCUUUUCUUUAAACCAAAUGAAGAAAACUGUACUUGCAUUUAAAGUGACCAUAUUUAUCCAUGGAGCACUAUAAUUAUACAUUAUACAUUUAAACACUUGUACAAAUCAUCAAAUCUGUGGCCCCUUUUAAAAACCCAAAAAAGUCUUUGAAUCUCUGAUGAGAACCUGUCACUCUGUCUUGCCAUCUCCCACCGGUUCCUGUCUCUCUUCUGGCAACGAGCUCCUCGUCAUCACCAUCUUUGCCUCGUUUCCUGACGAUUCCUUUGCCUUUUACUCCCUCUUUUUGUGUCUCCAAAACCUUUGAUGUUAAGUGUUGUCAAUGGUUUUAGCUUCUUGUUUCAAAGCGGCAAUAGCAGAAUGUAAAUUCUGACUGCUAAGAUUUAUAUAUAUACUGGUAUCUUGAAGCUUAUUGUAUAUAUGAGUAGUCGCCAUGGGAUGACACAAUGUAAACAAAAAGUAGAAAUAAUAAGAAAAAUUGUGAGUCCUGUGUUCUCUCCAUUUGAGUAUUUUGUAAUUUUUUUGAAAAAUUUGUGGAAUUAAAAAUAAACGACUAAGUUACACCACAA